UUAAAGGUGUGUUGGAGUUAAAACAGUGGAUCGGACGGAACCCUAUAUCGGAGUGUCUGUUCGGCGGAGAGAGAGAGAGAGAGCAUGGAGGAAGAGAAACUGAGAGAGCUGAAGCAGUUCAUAGAAUCAUGCAGGUCCAAUCCCUCACUCCUCCACAUUCCAUCCCUUUCCUUCUUCAAGGCUUAUCUCCUCAGCCUCGGUGCUCGCAUCCCUCCCCAACCCAAAACGGAACCAGGUGAUUCUUAUGAGGAGAAGCCAGACCCUCCUUUAUCUGCUCAAGACGACCUUGUAGAAUCUGAUAUAGAGUUGGAUAAUGCCGAUGUUGUUGAACCCGAUAAUGACCCUCCUCAAAAGAUGGGAGAUCCUUCUGUUGAAGUGACGGAAGAAAACAUGAAUGCUGCUCAACUAGCAAAGUCAAAAGCAGUCGAUGCUAUCUCAAAAGGUAAUUUGGACGAAGCACUGGACCAACUGACAGAAGCCAUUUUGUUGAAUCCCCAAUCAGCUAUACUUUAUGCUACAAGAGCUAGUGUCUUUGUGAAACUGAAGAAGCCGAACGCUGCUAUACGGGAUGCUGACACUGCCUUGAAGAUUAACCCCGACUCAGCCAAAGGAUACAAAGUUAGAGGAAUGUCGAGGGCUAUGUUGGGACUAUGGGAAGAAGCAGCAAGUGACCUUCAUGUAGCUUCAAAGUUAGAUUAUGAUGAAGAGCUAAGUACGGUACUUAAAAAGGUUGAACCUAAUGCCCGCAAAAUUGAGGAGCAUAGAAGAAAGUAUGAUCGCUUAAGAAAACAAAAGCAGCAGAAAGGAGAUCCUAUCAAGACUGAAGCUUCUGUCAAGAAAGAACAAGAAACUGAAGCCCAAGUUCAAGAAGCCUUAUCUGCUUUAAAAGAUGGGCAAGUCAUUGGUAUUCAUUCUACUGCUGAAUUGGAAAAGAAGUUAAGUGCUGCAUCAAAGACAUCACGAUUGGCGAUCCUGUAUUUUACUGCAACGUGGUGUGGCCCUUGUCGCUUCAUUUCCCCCAUUUAUACAAGCUUGGCUGAAAAGCACCCAAAAGUUGUUUUUUUGAAAAUUGACAUAGAUGAGGCCAGAGAUGUUGCUGCAAGCUGGAAUAUUAGCAGUGUUCCCACAUUUUUCUUUGUUAAGAAUGGCAAAGAGGUUGACAGUGUAGUGGGGGCAGACAAAAGUACAAUUGAAAGAAAGAUUGCACAACAUGCUGGCUCUCAUUAAGUGAAUACCUUAUAAACAGAUUUCAGUUUACAUGUCCAUAGCGCAAUUCAAAGGCUAGGAUUAAUUUAGUUAAUGUGUUAUGUCUAGACGUCUCCACUGUCUGAUUCCAUGUACAAAAUGUUAGUGUUGAUUUCGAACGAGUUUCAAAUUUUAAAGCUGAUUUUGGGUUUGUGAUUAUUGUAAUGGGGGGACGGAAGUAAACCGUAUUUAUUAAAAAUAGUUAAUGAGUUUUGGAAUCGGAGCCUUCGGUACUGGGUCCAACUGGGGCACAGGAAGAGAGAUACAAGAAAGAUUGAGUUUACAUUGAAAAGAUGUGGGUGGGUCAGUUUUCUGUCCCUAUCUUUCUCUUUAAGUUCAAAGUCAGGCCUUGGAAGCAUUAUUCCUUUUUUUACUAGAGGAUGCAAAUUGUGGUGAUUGAUAGGAGGAUUUCUAUUUUAACAUUGAUCAUGGUAUGAACGGAGUAUAAUGGUUGUCGGGAUA